AAAAAAGAAGUUUACAAAAAUAAAAAGCGGGGGACUUAAAGCCCUCCCAGGGCUGGGUCUUGACCCAGACCCUCAGGUUGGCCCCCCACUCUCCCCUUCCCUCCCUGCACCCCUCGAGUAUGGGAGGGCCAGGGCCUGAAGCAGGAGCAGGGAACAGGUGUAUGCAGUGAUGAUGCACUUGAGGUUAACAGCACGUGACCUCACAGCGACUGGAAGACACGGAGAUGCGUGCCUGGGGCCAGGUGAGUGUUUGGGGGAGACGCCAAGGCCAACCAGAGCUCGUUUCUGGCAGCACCAACUCCUGGGACCCCUCCCUGAGAUGCCAGAUCCGUAGGGCCAGCAGAUUCUGCCCCCGAACCUGUCCAACCAGUUGUUUGGGGAGAGGGGGCACCUGGGAGGAGCGGUGGAAAGUGCCAGAAGCAGACUCCUCCAUCCCCUAGCUGACAGCCGAGGCUCUGGGACUCUGGGACGCCGGAGACAGAUGCUGGGACAGACAGCCGGUCAGAUGCUCAGCCUGCCCAUGGGGCUCAGUGGGGGUCCGUAUUGGUCGCUGAUGCCACUGUUGCUGCUGCUGGCCCGCCUCCAUCAGGGGACAGGCCUGGAGUGGGCAAUGCUUUCUGGGCUUCCAGGACCACGACUCCUCCCUCAGACUGGGCUGUGGGAGCUUGUUUGUCCUGUUGAGACUCUUCUGUCUGCCCCAGAGCGCAUCCGCUAUGUGCCCCAGCUCGCAAGCCCCAGCCUGGCAGGGACCCUCACCCAGUCUACCUUCACACUGGAGCAGCCAAAGGGCCAGUUCAGUCGCCUCAACAUCUCUGACUUGGACGCCAUCUGGCUGGUGGUGGCCCACAGCAAUGCCACCCAGAGCUUCACAGCCCCACAGAGGGUUGAGGACAUCCCAGCCCCUGCCGACUUCACCCGGAGGGGCUACUACCUCACAUUGAUGGCCCACCGGGCCCUCUAUCCGGGCAACCAGACUGGGAACCAGCUCCGGGUCCUCCGCGUUGGCAAUGACACCAGCUGCUCCCUGGGCAAACGGGGCUGCAACGCCCCGCUGCCAGGCCCGGGCCCCUACCGAGUGAAGUUCCUGGUGAUGAGUGACAGGGGACCUGUGGCUGAGACGGAGUGGUCCAGCGAGACCCGCUUGCAGCAAGCUGAGGCACUGCAGGCUGCCCCAGGGCCCCAAAGCGCGGGCACCGUGGUCAUCAUCGCCAUUCUGUCUGUCCUGCUGGCUGUCCUCCUCACUGCCCUCCUUGCUGUGCUCAUCUACACCUGCUAUGACACCUGCGGGAGCACUCCCAUUUCGGGCCCAGAGCAGUCGGUGUGCAUGAGAAGAUAUGACACCCACCACGUGACCAGCCCUCCGGCCACGGGGGGCUCCUGAGGAGUCCUCGUCUACCCCGCAGCCUCCGCCCUGGUCCCGGCUACAGAUCCUGCCUCUUCCGGAGCCCUGGGAAGAGAGCAUUUCAGAGUGAGGGUGGGGGGAGGUGUCCUUGGCCCCCAAUUGGGCCUGUCCUUGUCAGAAAUAAAUGUCCCC